GAGAGCAGAGUCUUCCCUGCUAGUCUGGCAGCUCCCUCUAAGUGCUCAGAGCUCAGAGCCCAUCCCACACACCCGUGCUAGUCACUGCUGUGUGUUUACAUGAGUAAUGGAGCUGCCGGGGGAGGGGACUUGUGAGCAGCGCUGAGCCUCCUCGCGGCUAGGAAGCUGCGUUCACACCAAGACCAGACUUCCAGGGAUGAGGCUGGGGAACAGUCCCCUGCCGGAGCUUUCCUGAGCACAGGCGUCAAUCAGGCAGAUGUUUGGCGACUGGAAUGGCGCCAAAUCUCAAAGGCAGACCACGCAAAAAGAAAACAUGUCCCCAGAGAAGAGACUCCUUCAGUGGCUCAAAGGACCCCAACAAUAACUGUGACGGUAAAGUCAUCAGCAAGGUGAAAGGGGAGGCCAGGUCAGCCUUGACCAAGCCGAAAAAUAACCACAAUAACUGUAAAAAAUCCUCGAGUGAAGAAAAGCCAAAGUUGUCCAUUGGCGAAGAGUGCAGGGCAGAUGAACAAGCCUUCUUAGUGGCCCUGUACAAAUACAUGAAAGAAAGAAAAACGCCCAUCGAGCGAAUUCCCUACUUGGGUUUCAAACAGAUUAACCUUUGGACUAUGUUUCAAGCUGCUCAAAAACUGGGAGGAUAUGAAACAAUAACAGCCCGCCGUCAGUGGAAACACAUUUACGACGAGUUAGGCGGUAAUCCUGGGAGCACCAGUGCGGCCACUUGCACCCGCAGACACUACGAAAGGUUAAUCCUGCCGUAUGAAAGAUUUAUUAAGGGGGAAGAAGAUAAGCCUCUGCCUCCAAUCAAACCUCGGAAACAGGAAAACAAUACACAGGAAAAUGAGAAUAAAACAAAAGUCUCGGGAAACAAACGCAUCAAACAGGAAAUGGCCAAAAACAAGAAAGAAAAAGAGAAUACCCCCAAACCCCAAGAUACAUCUGAGGUCUCAUCAGAGCAAAGGAAGGAAGAAGAAACGUUAAGCCAGAAAAGUGUCCCAGAGCCUCUCCCAGCUCCAGAAGUAAAGAAGAAACCAGAAGGGCACAAGGAUCUUGUAGUGAGGGCCCCAGUGUCCAGAGCAGACCCAGAAAAGGGCAAUGAAACUGACCAAGGUUCCAACUGCGAGAAAGAAGCUGAGGAGGUGGGAGAUAAGGGCCUUGCCCCUCUGCUCCCAAGCCCUCCCUUGCCCCCCGAAAAAGGUUCGGCUUCUACCCCUGGGGCUGGCAAACAACCCCUUGCCUCUCCCAGUGCCCAAAUGGACUCAAAGCAAGAAGCCAAACCCUGCUGCUUUCCAGAGAGCCCUGAGAAUGACCUCCAGGGAGCACCGUUCUCCAGCCUCCCCACCACCGAGCAACCACUGGCCGUCCAGCCUGAAGCAGAGGAAGAGAAGCUUCCUGCCAUGGCUAAUUACAUUGCCAACUGCACUGUGAAAGUGGACCAGCUGGGCAGCGACGACAUCCACACUGCCCUCAAGCAGACCCCGAAGGUCCUCGUGGUCCAAUCAUUUGACAUGUUCAAAGACAAAGACUUGACCGGCCCCAUGAAUGAGAACCACGGACUUAACUACACACCCCUGCUUUACUCCCGGGGCAACCCUGGUAUCAUGUCCCCACUGGCCAAGAAAAAGCUUUUGUCUCAGGUGAGUGGGGCCAGCCUCUCCAGCAGCUAUCCCUAUGGCUCCCCACCCCCCUUGAUCAGCAAAAAGAAACUUAUCGCCAGGGACGACCCGUCCCAGGCCCACCACAGCCAAAGCUCUGAUCACAUGGCCGUCAGCCGGCCAUCCGUAAUCCAACAUGUCCAGAGCUUCAAAAACAAGGCCUCUGAAGACAGGAAGAGCAUCAACGACAUCUUCAAGCAGGACAAACUGAGCCGGUCUGACGCCCACCGCUGUGGCUUCUCCAAGCACCAACUCGGCUCCCUGGCGGACUCCUACAUCCUGAAACAGGAGGCACAGGAGAGCAAGGAUAAACUGUUGGAGAAAAGAGCAGUCUCCCACGCCCACGUGCCCAGUUUGCUGGCCGACUUCUACUCCUCCCCGCAUCUGCACAGCCUCUACCGGCACACGGAACACCAUCUUCAUAACGAACAGUCCACUAAGUAUGCCGCGAGGGACGCGUACCAGGAAUCGGAAAACGGCGCCUUUCUUUCUCACAAGCACCCGGAGAAGAUACACGUCAAUUAUCUCGCCUCUCUCCAUCUGCAAGAUAAGAAGCUGGCUGCGGCAGAAGCCUCUACCGAUGAUCAACCAACAGAUCUGAGCCUUCCCAAGAACCCACAUAAACUGACCAGCAAAGUCCUGGGCCUGGCCCACUCAGCCUCAGGAUCCCAGGAGAUCAAAGGCACCUCCCAGUUCCAGGUCAUCAGCAGCCAGAGCCGAGACUGUCAUCCCAAAGCCUGCCGGGUAUCACCCAUGACCAUGUCGGCCCCUAAAAAAUACCCCGAGUCACUUGCGAGGUCAGGAAAGCCUCACCAUGUGAGACUGGAGAACUUCCGGAAAAUGGAAGGCAUGGUCCAUCCCAUCCUGCACCGGAAGAUGAGCCCACAGAACAUUGGAGCUGCUCGCCCCAUAAAGCGCAGUCUGGAGGAUUUAGAUCUUGUGAUCGCCGGGAAAAAAGCUAGGGCUGUGUCUCCCUUGGACCCAGCCAAGGAGGCUUCUGGGAAAGAAAAGGCCUCCGAACAGGAGAGCGAGGGCAACAAAGCAGCCUACAGUGGGCAUUCUGGGGCUGCAUCGGAAGGUCACAAGGUCCCCCUCUCCUCCCCUAUCUUCCCAGGUUUGUAUUCUGGUAGCCUGUGUAACUCAGGCCUCAACUCCAGGCUCCCGGCCGGGUACUCCCAUUCUCUGCAGUACUUGAAGAACCAGACGGUGCUUUCUCCUCUCAUGCAGCCCCUGGCUUUCCACUCGCUCGUGAUGCAAAGAGGAAUUUUUACAUCGCCGACAAAUUCUCAGCAGCUGUACAGACACUUGGCCGCAGCCACCCCGGUAGGAAGUUCCUACGGGGACCUGUUACACAAUAGCAUCUACCCUUUAGCUGCUAUCAACCCUCAGGCCGCCUUCCCGUCUUCUCAGCUGUCAUCCGUACACCCCAGCACAAAACUGUAAGCCUCGCCGCGCCCAGCAUCCCCAAACGGUGUGGUCCAUGCAUCGAGCCUGCCUGGAGGGCUGGUUGCAAAGUUGGAAGUCAGUAUCCCUUUUAAAACGGUUUCGUCCCAGCCAUAGAGGUGAACGUACCUACCUUUUCGGGGACAACCCUAGGCUGGCUGGCCAGUUGUGACCUCCCUUCCAACACAGAUGGCCUCGGGCCUCCAGGUCCUUGUCUUUUCACGUUGGUCUUAUGAAGGGAUCUGUGGUCUAUCCUAGAAGAACGCAGAGGACCCCAUCAGAUUUGGGUGGUAAGGAAGCGACUGGAGAGUAAAGUUGGGGAGGCAGGUUUUUCAAAGGCAAGGUCAAGAAAGACUGGCAAGUAAUAACCAGGGGACGCCCGUCUUUUUUCAUCAAACUCGCCAAGUUCAAUCAAUGCAAUGUACAGUAAAACUUAAAGAGACCUUUCAUUCUGACACUAUUAAACAAUCCAGAGAAGGAAACACUGUUAAACUGUAUAUACUCGCUUCUCUAAGCUACCUGUAUCACUGUUCGCUCCCUAACUUAUAUACAGGUAGUUGUGUUUUCUCCCGGUCCCUUCUUGUUCCUGCCCUGGGGUAUUUUCGGUUUGUGUAUCUGUUUGUUUGUUUGUUUGUUUAUCUGGGUUUUGUUUUGUUUUUUCUUUUGGUUUUUUUUGUUUUGUUUUGUUUUUUUAAAUUAAACAGAAUCCCUUCUGUUCGCAGGUCCCUCUGUUUUCGUUUCGUUUUGUUUUGUUCUGUUCUGUUUGCAAGGCUGACUGACUCUCUCCUGGUUGUCCAUGUGUAUUUUAUCAACCCCUUCCCCUCCCCCCCUCCUCCCCCACCGCAUCUUCUUUUGAGCAGCUUUUGGGUGGUCAAGUUAUUGUUUACAAGUUGAAGCAACUGAUUUUAGUGGAACAGACUGUAAGGAACCCCUGGCGAACACAAGCUGGUUUCAAGCCUGUGCCUUUGUGGGUCUGCGCCUCGAGGAUUCUGUCCCUCCCUGGCGGGAUAGUGGAAGGAGUUGCUUGCUUGCUUCUGCAGCCAAAGGCUUUCCUUUGAAGUAUUGGAUUAUGUGAAAAUAUUUAAGCACUGCACUCACCUUAUCUAGGCUGUGAACCCGUCCUACAUACCAGAGAACUCACAACACAAAAACCUUGUUAGCUGAAAAGCCACUGAGUAGACCCACUUACGGGCUGAGGAGAGGUUUUAGGAAUUUCAAAACUUAGGACAAGAGCCAGAGUAACUCAUGCCGGUGCUGGAACUGCACCUUUUAAACGGUCUGCAGAGAGGGGGCUUGGGAAAGAUAGUGUGUGACUCUUCGGCGGGGGGGGGGGGGGGGCGCUACCCAAGGUCUGACCACUGGGCAUCCCAGCCAGGCCUUGGCCUGUCAAGGGACGGGGCGAUUGUCAUCGUCGGCUGGCUUCUUGGGUUUCCUAGCAAGAUUCUCUCGGGUAACAUCUUUGGGGAGUGAUUAAGAGAGCCAUCCUCGUUGGGUGCCUGGGGCCUGGGUUUGAUGAGUAUUUGUACCCACAAGGUGGUUUGUAUCAAGUUUUUCACCAUGUGGCCAUACUGUCAGCUUUGGGGGUCUUUUGACUGGCACUCUUUGACAACCGAUUCUGUCUGCUCCCAAAGCACAAAAUCUGCUACGCGUAGUGAGUGGAGCCUUAGCACAGAUUCUCCUUCCCAUCUGUGUCCAGCCCUGCCGAAAGCUUCUUUGAUGAGGUCCCCAGCUCUCUGUCCUCUUCUCCCCCAACCAACACCAGUAGACUAUAGGACCAUAGUUAACCAAGUCUCAGUCUCUCUCUCUCUCUCUCUCUCUCUCUCUCUCUCUCUCUCUCUCUCUCUCUCUCUCUCUCUCUCUCUCUCUCUUUACCUCCGACAUAUUUAAGUCUAUGAAACUUGAUGACGGUUUUCAACAUCUCUCAAUAGGUAACUCAGCUACAAAAAUAAUCAAAACGAGUGACCGUGAACCCGCGGCUCUAACGCAAAGCCAUGCAUGCCUCUCUUUCCUAUUGAAAUGUCCUCAUGAUAUGAAGCCAAAUAGUCCAUGUAGUAACAUGCUAUCCAAAGGUGGAAACAAAAGAAUGUAGCGACCCAGUGUUAAGAGUUCCAUUUGCUUCAGUUAAUUACUUACCUUCCUGUGGAAUAAUAUAUAUAUAUAUGAAUAUACGCUAUAUAUUUAAUAGGACCAUAGAUAGAUUAGUAUAACUUAGCUCACACAUGUGCACAUGGAGAGUACUCUGCUGUUGCACAAGAAAGGGUGUGUGUGUGUGUGUGUUGGAGGUGGGUCUCAAUUCCAGCCAGCGUGAGACUGGCCAGGACGCAGUUUGAGAAAGUUACACUAGAUUGAAUAGCCACAGAAUCAGAAGAGGAGAAGAGGAACCGGGGAUUCUGUAGCAGACAAUGGGCUGGAUCCAUACAUGGUCCCUGUGAGUUCAUUUCUCAAAGCAAAAACGGCCACGUCUGCCCCCACACAAAAAUACCCCACCACCACAAGCUCACCCAUUUGCAAGAUGGGGCGAUUGUUUUCCUCAGUGUGGUGAUUCGAGAUGUGUCCAUUGAGUAGGAAUUCGGUCACACCAUUUUCAAACAAUGUCAACAUAAUCCAGCUAUUGUUUUUCUCACUAUUUCUGUUGAAGGGAGCUGGGACACACACACCCCCACCCGAAAAACAUCAGGACAGAUGCGAAGACCUGGGGGCGGGGGUUACUUUCCCAGUAGAAGUGGUGUGUUAUUUGUUUUAAAACUCCAAACAGAGAUCUUGGAAAUCUUUCAAAAAGACCAUUGAAUUUCUCAUUGGCUGAGAAGGACAUUUUUUAAAAGUCUUAAAUCUGGCUUUGUUUGCAUUGUUUGAGUUCAAGGGGCCUUAUUAUUGAAUGGCAUUGCACAAGCCUUUCUUUUUUGCAAGCAAACCAUUGUUAUUAGUUGUUCUCUAAAGGAAAUUGUGGAAACCAAUUGGCACCGGAGUCAUAAAUCCAUUUACCAAGUGUGGCUUCCGAGAAAUGUUGCAAUUCGGAAUGCACCAAGCCCGUGAAUUAUUGGGGAUUUGAAGAUUCCAAAUAAUAUUUAAAAAGAUGUCAUUUCCAGGCAACUUCAGGGGUCUUGCUUUUGGAAAUUCAACUCAAAAAUAAAACAGAAAGUAAAAAUAAAAAUACUGCAACAGCCCAAGCAAACUUUAGGCUUCAAGUAUUUGUCUUAGGAACUGAUUUAAACAUGUAGUAUUUGCCACAGGACAAACUGGUUUAUUUCCUAGCUAGAAGUUCCUACUUUUGCUUGUUCAUCAGGGCAUCUAUAGAAGGGUUUGUCUCAGUGUUGAAUUCACACAGCUUUGCGACCUGGUGCGUGCAUGACUCCUUAGGUACUGUACUUCACUGUGUUGGUGUGUCUGAUGGACGUUUCAAGGUGGUCCCACAAAUAUAUUUUAUGUAGUGUGCCUUCAAAGAGAACCAUUUAUCUCUCUUCUCGUGUUGUCCCACUAAGUUACAUUUGGUGGUGGCCAGCCAAGUCCCGUGGGGUCUGGUCUGACUCAUUAUCCCGCGCUGAGAAAGUAACGGGAAUGGUUUUGCCCCAGUGAGACCCACACCACUGGAGUAGGGACUUUGAGCACCUCCGCUCCGGUGUUGACUGUCGAUGUAUUGAUAUUCUGCUCGUCUCCCCUUGGCAGAAAGGACUCUGAAAAAAAAAAAAUAGCAGCAUAAUCUCUUGGCUGUUUAUACUUUUUUAAAUCUCCCCGUGCUGUAAAUAUUGUACACUCUGAGUAACCCCAGCUCUGUAACCUUGAUGCUCUGUAAGGUGAUAUUUGUAUAUAGCAACCUGGCCCAGUGAUGUUAUAUAAUUUCCCAAUGGAGAGGUUAUUGGGUAGCCUUGGCGUUUAGUUUUAAACACUACCAGAAGAAUGCUGAGCCAACAAUAAACACUCAACUUUGUAUGUUUUCCAAAUUGUACUUAUUACUGCUUUUGAUACUGUAUUCUGUGCCAAUAGUUUCCCAGUCACAUAGCAGGCAAGAGAUAUUUUGUACUUUUUGAUCCACUGUAAUAUUUAAUAAAAAAUGUUACUAUCUGUU